CUUGUCACGGUCACGGCGGCGUGGGCGCGCCAUUGAAUAUCGCCGACGAAACGACGACGAACUUACGGUUGAUCAGUACGUGAUCGGAGAAGCUGCUAGGUUGCAUGAACGCACGCAUGCAUGCAUGCGUCCAAACCCCAGCAAUUAACGACGAGAUGUGCGCUAGCUAGCUAGCUCAUCGGCGAGGUGGUUGUUCGAUAGAGAUCGUCGGCGCGUGCAAAGUGUCGCAGCGCGCGCGUACGUGGACAGGCUAUCGUCGACGAUAUACACACCUUCGUCUUCGUGUACACCGUAGUUGCCACGCCUGGGACGGCCAUGGCUCGGCGAAUCAAUGGCGUCACUGCCGCCGCCUCCGCCAGCCUCCUCCUCGCCUUCCUCAUGCCGGCUGCCGCGGACGGCGACGGCGGCGGGACAACGCGGUACAACGCCAUGUUCAACUUCGGUGACUCGCUGUCGGACACGGGCAACCUCUGCGUGAACAAGUCGGCGGCGGCGGAGCUCCUGCUCACCUUCGCCAACCCGCCCUACGGCAUGACCUACUUCGGCCGCCCCACCUGCCGCUGCUCCGACGGCCGGCUCGUCGUCGAUUUCCUCGCGCAGUCGCUGGGCCUCCCUUUCCUUCCCCCGUCCAAGCUCCCCGGCGCCGACUUCCGGAAGGGCGCCAACAUGGCCAUCAUCGGCGGCACGGCGCUCGACUUCGAGUUCCUCAAGUCCAUCGGCCUCGGCUACCCGAUCUGGAACAACGGCGCCAUCAACGUGCAGCUCCGGUGGUUCCGCGACCUGCUCCCGCGCGUCUGCGGCGGGCCGCAGACCUGCAGGCCCUACCUCGCCAGGUCCCUCUUCCUCCUCGGCUCCAUCGGCGGCAACGACUACAACGCCAUGCUCUUCUUCGGCUUCAACGUCAGCCGGGCCAAGAGCUACGCCCCCAACGUGGUCGACAACAUCGCCGCCGCCGUCGAGAGGCUGAUCGAGCUGGGCGCGGCGGACAUCGUGGUGCCGGGCACGCUCCCCAUCGGGUGCAUCGCCGUCUACCUCGCCAUCCUCCCGAGCGGCGACAAGUCCGACUACGACGAGCGCGGCUGCCUCAAGCCGCUCAACGGCCUCGCCAUGUACCACAACUCGCUGCUCCAGGACAGGCUCAACGGCGUCCGCGCCAGGCAUGGCUCGGCGGUGAGGAUCAUGUACGCGGACUACUACGCCCACGCCGUCGACAUGCUCCGUGACCCGGCGCGCUUCGGCUUCACCACGGUGAUCACGGCGUGCUGCGGCGCGGGCGGCGGCCCGUACAACUACGAGUUCGACGCGCGGUGCGGGAUGAAGGGCGCGACCGCGUGUGCCGACCCGUGGAGGCAUGAGUCAUGGGACGGCGUGCAUCCGACGGAGGCGGUGAACAAGCUCGUCGCCGACGGGUGGCUCAGGGGACCAUACUGUCACCCUCCCAUCCUGCAGUAACGGAUCACCGAUCGACGACAUGAUUUAGCUUCUUAUUAGCUAGCUACUCAUGCACGAGCACAAACACAGUACGGGUGUGUAGCAGCAGUACGAGGAUGCGGGGAAACGUGGUGUUUUAGAGCAUCUCCAUCAGUCGGGUAAGCGUGGUUCGUAAAAAAAGCCUUUACGGUGUCGAAAUAGUCGGUUUUUGCUCGUAGCUGAGCGUUGACUCCAACAGACACCUUAAAAUAUAAUGCGCAAGCCGCUUGAGCAGGCGCUUUAAAAAAAGACGCUCGCGCCCAACAUAAACAACAUAUAACACUUCAAGCAAAA